AUGGAGGAAGACUUCACAAUCGAGGUAAGAAAUCUUCUGAGACGCUGUGUUUUAAGUAUACUUCACCAACUAGAGCAACGUAGUGGUGAAAGCAGUAGUCUUGAAAAUGCUCAGUUUAGGUUGGAGUGGCUAUUGGGUAUAGUGAUAAGAUAUCAUCACAGCAAUAUUAUUCAACGGGCUGUUGUCGAUCUCCUCUCAGAAGCACUAUCUAUCAUAACCAAUUCGUGCGAAACACAACACGAUGCAGCUGCUGGGCGUUUGUUCUCUGGGUCUCCUGGCCGACCAAAGUUCAACAUAUCCCACGAACAACUUGAAUUUCUCCUCGAAAGACGUUUUACUACCGUACAAAUGUCGAGGUUACUGGGUAUUAGUGUGCGUACCAUAGAGCGUCGCAUGGCGGAGUUUGGUUUAUCAGUUAGAGGGACUUAUACAAUUAUAUCAGACGAGCAGUUAGAUACAACGACGUUGGAAAUUUUGACUAGUUUUCCAAACAUUGGCUAUAAACGAAUGACUGGUCAUUUGCGAUCUCGAGGAAUGAGAAUCCAGCAAAAAAAAAUUCGAGAGUCAAUGCGAAGGGUGGAUCCACAGGGGACUCUUAUUCGUGCAUUGGAAAUGAACAUCAUACAUCGCAGAGCAUAUUCAGUCCCGUCACCUUUAGCUCUAUGGCACAUUGAUGGUAACCAUAAGCUAAUAAG